GGCUCGAUUUUGGUGGGUUACUUUCCUGGCUCCCAAGCACGCAGAAAGACAUUGAGGCCCGCCCCGUCUCUGCCACCACCUCCAAAAUAUUUCCCACGCAUUCCACAGUCCCUGCGCAACCACCAAACGAGGCUUUUGCAGGGCCUGCGAUAUCCCCCCACGUGGAGGAGAGUGAAUCGGGGAUGGACACCGAUCAGGCCUGACACUUGACCGAAUUUUGGCUUCUCGACCGCCCGUCGUAUCUGCAUCUGCGCCCCCCUGCGGCAGACCAGACCCUCCCUCUGCAGGCCUCUGCUGCCCUCUUGCGCAUCCGCGCGUCGGCACGCCCUCGACCUCAGCCCCAACCAGGCCAGCACCCAUCACCGGCUUCCUCUCCAUCGCCAGAGCGGGACACAAGACCCGGCAUUGCGUCAGAAUCUCUGCAUCACCUUCCUGUGGCCCCCUCGUCUCCCGCCUCUGACAAGAGCGACCCUGACCGGAUCGCAAGCCACCCCGGCCGAAUCAAAAAGGCGCCCCUUGUCCCGUCCACCCGCGCCAUUCGACCUCGUCGCGAUCAGCCUGGAGGAUACCCCGAGACAGUCUUUCGUCCGUUAUCAUGGCUACAAGCUCACGACUACAAUGAUUGCCUGUUCCAACCUUCCUCCGCGGACCGUCUCGAUCCAUCAUCUUCUCUCUUGACUUUCUCACGACUCGUUCUAUAGACCUCUUUUGCUUCGUGGUCGCCCCGCUUCUCAACCUUCACUAGCCUGCCAGGCGCCUUUUGUCGACUUUUCGUCCCGGGUGUUUUAUCUUGUUUUAUUUUUCUCGUCACAUCCGGUCUUGGCGGGAUCGGCACUCAAAUCUCGUCCCCGAGCAACCUAGACAUGAUGUCUAUGCCUGCACCUCCAGCCAUGUCAGGCAUGAAGAAACUCUCGUUUGCAAAGGUCGCAGCAUCGGCGUCCAAGGAAGGUGGGCCUGGGCAUCGGAAGGCCGGGCACACAGCUGCAAAGAGCCCUCUGGGCCCAAAGGCGGCGGCCCCCUUGCCGAACAACGUCGCCAACCCGAAUAAAGAUAUGAGAUCACAGGCCGCGCAGAACGCAACAGGCGCGGCGUCACGGUCGGCCACGACUGAUCGGUCUGCCGAAAGCAAAGUGGUGCAAGGACUGAGGGACUUGAAGCUGGAGAUGAAGCCCCCGAACCUUGUCGUCAACGGCUCAAGCUCAACUUCUACUGAGCAGUCCAGCAAGACAGCCACCAGUCAGACCCCGUCAGAUGACGUCUCCCAAAAGGCAGACUCGAGCUCUGAGCUCGGCACGAAACCGCCGAGUCUGGACGGCAAGAGCAUCACCUCCGGGACGACCUUCAACGUGCUGGACGAGAAGGAGUCCCUGCGUCCUGACGACAGCGCCAGCGUGAAGGCGGCGGCCGACGAGGAUGAUGCCUUCUCCAUCCGUGGUUCCCUCAUUGCGAACUCGCGCGUGGGGUCGGACGUUGCUGGUCGCUUCCGCAACAUCCAAAUCGGAGACAUGCCACCGAGAGUCGUCGUGGCCCAUGCCCUGGCCUCCCCCAACGUGCAGGGGACCAUGACUCCAGAGAGCGCCACCUCUGAGCAGCCGCCGGCCGCGAACGUCACCGUCCCGCUGGCGACGGCCCCCAUCAGCCAAGAGGUGUUGAGUGGGAAUGGGUUUUACAGCCAGAACCCCGAUGAAAAGCUCCUCGAGGCCAUGAAGUCUCAAAAAGAUCGCCUCUUCCUGUUGAGACUGGAGAACCAAGUGAUUGAGUUUGUGCAGGAUUCCAAAGAGCCUUUCAUGGACCUUCCACCCUGCAACUCAUUUUGCAGGCUGUUGACCCACAAGCUCGCCGACUACUAUCACAUGACACACUCUUUUGAGGCGGUUGCUGGUGCCGUUCGGAUCUACCGUACCCCAUUUUGUCGCGUGCCGCCCUCGCUCCAGAGCAUCGCCCCAGCCAGUGAAUCGACGAGCAGCACGCCGCCCUUAGUCAUGCUGCCCAGGAAAAUCAUGCGCCGUGGCGAAGAGGGCGAUUCUGCCCCCGUCAGUGCAGGCGCCUCCAAGGCCACGUCCGAGGAUGGCAGUGAUCUGAAAGACAAGGGAGGCUCCGCAAAUCUCAAGUUGACCCGUGAGGAACGAGAAGAGGCCUACAACAAGGCAAGGCUGAGAAUCUUCGGCACGACAGCACAGACGGAGAAUCCAAGUCUAGAUAACGAGGACAGCACCGGGGUGUCUCGCGCUAGCUCCGUGUCUGCUAAGGACAAGUCCCUUGCAAACAAGCGGACCAAGGUCACUAAGCAGCGACGAGACGACUCCGAGGGCUUUGACUCGCGCUCACAGUACACCCCAUACUACCACCCGCACCAGCCAAUGUGGGCUCCGCAGUAUGUCCCUGUGGGCAACGGCAGCGUUCAGUUCACCCCCCAGACACAGCCGCAACCGGCGUAUGCACCAACAUAUGGGCCAGUAGUUGCCGGUCAGCAAUACCCUUCGACUAUGGUGCCAGCAAACAACUUCGCUCCCCAGUACAGCAACCAGCAGUCGAAUCCCGUCCCACCCGCCGCCAGCCAGAGGUUUCCCCCGCCACCUGCCACCCAGCAGAUGUCGGGCUACACUGUGCCACCAGUGCAGGUGCAACAGGUGCCGGUACAAGGCACCCCGCCGCAGUCGUGGCAGCAGCCACCGUUCAACGGUAACCAAACACCAUAUCAGGCGAGGGCCACGCCUGUGGCCCCGGCAAUGCCGCCGACAAUGGUCAUGGGGCCUAACGGGAAUCCAUACCCCUAUGGCCAACUGCCUGUACACUCCAACCCUCAUGACCCCAAGAGCCAACACCCUAUCCCGGGCAGCUACAACCGACUCCACGCCUUUAACCCAAAGACGCAGUCUUUCGUCCCAGGCACCGGCAUGCCGCCCAUGCCGCCUGGUCCCCCGGUGCCUCCCGUCGGUCCCUAUAUUGGUCCCGCCCAGACACAGCAGGCGCCGGGCCCCAUCGCGAACGCGCCGCCAAUCCCGUACGGCGCGCCGCCAAUCAUGCCGCUUCCUCAUCAUCCUCCCCCGUAUGGCCCGACCGGCGGAGGCUUCGGCAUGAUGAGGCAGGGCUCUAACAACAGCCUCCCACCGCAAUAUCACCACAUGCCGCCCCAUGCGCAGCAGCCACCCGUUGUUGCGCAACACCAGCACCAACAUCCGCAUCGGCAGCAUCCCCGCCAGCACGUCCCGCCGCCUCAUGCCGUACAGCCUCAUCCGCAUCAGGUCCACCACCAGUCGCCACGGGUGCCGACCAAGCCAGUAUUGGCACAGGGGUCCACAUCCGGGCCCGGCUUCAGCCAUCUGCCAAACUAUGGGAAUCCCGCCACACUCCCUCAGAAGCCGUCUACUUAGAAAGAAGGGAUUGCUGGGUCGUGCUUUGGGGGACGGCGGUUGCUGGCGGGUCGUGUUUUUGGCAUGUUCUGAUGCGGGAUAUACCGGCACGGGAGCAAUAUGCGGACAGGCGCACUGGUUGGCGGUGGCGGGAAGGGAAUUCUCCAGUCACAUUUUCAGCCCUUCUCCUCUACUUUUUUCAGAGAAGCAAUGACGGCGUUUUGGGGAGAUGAUGGUUCAUGGUUGUGCAAGAGUCAGCGAUGCUGUGAUGGCUGCUGACCAGAGGCCUUACAGAAAGGUACAGGUUGGGUUUGCAUGCUUCGCAUAGGCGAGCGAAUACACCUAAUGCGAAUAUUACUUGUCAACAAGCAAAGGAAGAAAGUCAAGUAGUAAUGAUGAACGAUUUCAUAGGUCGCCAGACUGUGUGAAGGGGAUGUAUAUGCAGAACUCCAGCACUGCUGCCCAAUUCCGUGCAUAUAUGCAUGGCAU